GCUCUGAACAACAGGGACCAGCUGCACGGCGUGGUCUAGUUGUAUCGUAAACGGGCCACAGGAGGAAAAAGGCAGGAGGACGGCCACAGGAUAGGAAUACACUGAUGGCCACAAAAGCACUCGUCAAAGUGUUGGACCCCUUCCUCACUUGGGCAGCGGUCCGUUACCAGGCUGCUGUGGGCGAUGUUCUUAGAAAGCACGGUCUGCGAUACGAGGACCUGUAUGAUCCUCUCCUGAACCAGGAUGUGGACGAGGCCCUGAAGAGGCUGCCCCAGGAGGAGGUCGAUGCUCGCACACAGCGCUUGAAGCGUGCCAUGGACCUGUCCCUGAAGCACGUCUACCUGCCCAAAGAGCUGCAGGCCGUUCAGACACCGUACAACAGCUAUGUCAUGGAUGUCAUUGAGCAAGUGGAGGCAGAAAACAAGGAGAAGGCACAGCUAGGCACCGGCACAACUUACGACCGCAGUAUCCCCUGAGUAUGGAUAUAUGUCUUGAUCCUGGUCGAACUGUGUACCUUUGCUGUCGUACUAGAUAGGCAGCAGCAAAUUGGCUGCAUGUUUGAUGUUGUAAGCUCGGACGCAAAAUGAGCACGCGCCUGUGCUUAGUGAAAAGCAAAUUCCAUUCCUUGUCAGGCACUGGCAGCCAUUGAAACUGAAGUGC